UUCAUAAUUAUCAGGAGAAAAUAAGACAUUGACAACUACCAAAGCCACCAGCUCACCAACUCCAUUGCCAUAGCUGUGCUUUCUUCAAAAUCCUUCUCUUUCGGCCAAAACCUCCAUCUGGGUCUUCUCAAAAUGCCUCCUUUUGAGGGUUUAGCUUCUCCUCCGUACAGUUCAGAGUCUAAUAUAGUCACCAUUGAUGUAGGUGGCCAGCUCUUUCAGACAACCAAGCAAACCCUUGCUCUCGCCGGACCCGACUCCCUCUUCGGCAGAAUCUCUGAUUCAUCUUCCCGGCACAGUGUUCCGUUCGUUGAUCGAGACCCCGACUUGUUCUCCGUUCUACUAUCGCUUCUCCGGACUGGUAAUCUUCCUUCCAAAGCCAAAGCUUUUGAUGUCCAAGACCUAAUAUUUGAAUCCCGAUUCUAUGGCGUCGAUAGCCUUUUGGUCAAUUCAGUAUCGAACCCGUCUCAGUUUGAAGCCUUUAAUCUCGAGAAAUCCAUGGUUUUGCCCUUGAACGGCCGUGAUUCUCCCUCCGUCAUCGCCUCCACACCGUUCGGAUCGCUCCACGUGGCGCACGGCAGCAAGAUCACGUCUUUCGAUUGGUCUCUGAGGAAGAAAAAGACCAUCCUGACUCAGUUCACGGCCGUCGAUUCUAUGCUGGCGAUUUCUCCGUCGGUGGUGGCCGCCGGAGCUACGGAUUUUUCCGGGCUUCAGAUUCUUGAUCUCGAAAAUGGGUUAGUGAAACAUAGUUUGAAUUGGGAGAAUGUGACUCGGUCUAGCUCAACGGUUCAAGCAAUUGGAUCGUCUCCCGAGUUACUUUUCGUUAGUUUCGAAUCGGGUCGUAGGAACUCGAAUUCAAUUAUGGUUUAUGAUUUGAAUACUUUGAGUCCAGUUACUGAGAUUGGUCACUGUGAGAUUUAUGGUGCUGAGCUCAACUCAGCUAUUCCAUCAACAAAGUUGAGUUGGGUUCAGGGUAGGAGUUUGUUAAUGGCUUCUGGGUCUCAUAGUGGCCCUUCAGGAGUUUCAGGGGACAUAAAGUUUUGGGAUAUUCGUUCUGGUAAUGUGGUUUGGGAGCUGAAAGAGAGUGUUGAUUGCUUCUCAGAUGUCACAGUUUCAGAUGACCUGUCUGCUAUGUUCAAGGUGGGUGUGAAUUCAGGUGAAGUGUUCUUUUCUGAUUUGAGAAACUUGGGUGCUGAGAAUCCAUGGGUUUGUCUUGGGGACAAGAGAAGAACAUUUAUUAAUGGGAAGAAGGAAGGUGUUGGUUGCAAGAUUGAAAGCCAUGGAAGUCAAGUGUUUUGCAGUAAAGGAGGGGAUAUUGAACUCUGGUCUGAAGUAGCUAUGAGCUCUAAAAAGAGAAGUGAAGAAGAUGGGUUGGAAGAGAGAGUCUUUAGGAAGAAUUUGAUGGGGAAAGUGAAGGACAUGGGUGGUAACAAGAUAACCAAUUUGGGUUUUGGAGGGAACAAGAUGUUUGUCACCAGAAAAGAUCAACAAAAUGUUGAGGUUUGGCAAAGUUCAUCUAGAGGAUUUUGAUCAUAUAAAGCUGAAUUUUUUAUCACACAAUUUGUAAAUACACUAUUUUAGUUUGUUUUAUUUGACAAUGAUAUUGUAAUACACUCGACCUAUGAUUCUUUAUAAAUGAUUUUUUCAAUAUAAGUCUUCAGUUAUUAAUAA